GAGAUGGUGGAAAAAAGAAAGUAGAGUAAGUAUCACAAAAGGCAGACAAAGAAAAGGUAUAAUUUGAUGGUCUGAGCUUAGUACUGGACAUCUCUAAGUAGCAUCAGUAAUAAGGAUGAUAUGUAGAUGGUGAACAACGACCAAGUGCUGAAAGUGCUUUUCAGAGAGAAAAAGGAGGAGGAAGAGGACUGGGACGAUGACGAAGACAAAGAGGAAGAUGCAGCGAAUGAGAUGGAUGACUGGGAGGAGAAUGAGGAGUUGAGAGCCAUUGAGGGUCUGGAGGGAAUUAUGCCUGUGAAGCCUGAAUUUUCCGCUCCAAAAGAGAAGAUUGAACCCAUUCCAGAUGGUAGCUCCUUCUUCAUUCUUGGAAAGAGAAACUGCCUCCGAGUGGCCUGUCACAACCUCAUCCACCACUCCUACUUCACCAACCUCAUCCUUGUCUUCAUCAUCGCCAGUAGCAUUUCUCUGGCUGCUGAGGAUCCAAUCAGAGCUCACUCCUUUAGGAACAACAUGCUUGGCUAUGCUGACUAUGCAUUCACCUCCAUAUUCACUGUGGAAAUUAUAUUGAAGGUGACAGUUUUUGGUGCGUUCCUUCAUCCUGGAUCGUUCUGUAGGAAUGCCUUUAAUCUUCUGGACCUACUGGUUGUCAGUGUGUCGCUCGCGUCCUUCUUCCUCCAUUCCAGCGCUAUCUCUGUGGUCAAGAUUUUCAGGGUACUCAAAGUGCUCAGGCCUCUUCGAGCAAUCAACAGAGCCAAAGGACUCAAGAAUGUAGUGCAGUGCGUGUUUGUGGCAAUCAAAACAAUCGGAAACAUCUUGAUCGUCACAACGCUCCUCCAGUUCAUGUUUGCCUGUAUUGGAGUGCAGCUCUUCAAGGGAAGAUUCUACAGUUGCACUGAUGAAGCUAAACACACUCCAUAUGAGUGCAUGGGAACGUUUGUGGUGUAUAAGGACGGUGAUAUGAAUCACCCUAUGGUGAGAGAGAGGAAAUGGCAAAACAGUGAAUUCAACUUUGACAAUGUGCUGCAGGGCAUGCUGGCCCUGUUCACUGUGUCUACAUUUGAAGGCUGGCCGCAGCUGCUGUACAAGGCCAUCGACGCCAAUGCAGCAAACCAUGGCCCUAUUUACAACUACCGUGUGGAAAUCUCCAUAUUCUUCAUCAUCUACAUCAUCAUCAUCGCCUUCUUCAUGAUGAACAUCUUCGUGGGCUUCGUCAUCAUCACGUUCCGUGAACAGGGAGAAUCUGAGUUCAAAAACUGUGAACUGAACAAAAAUCAAAGACAAUGUGUACAGUACGCUCUGAAAGCCAAGCCCAUCAAGAUCUACAUUCCCAGAAACCCAUCCCAGCUAAAGUUCUGGAAAAUCAUCGCCUCCAGCCAGUUUGAGUACAUCAUGUUUGUCUUAAUUCUUCUCAACACCCUCACCUUGGCUGUGCAGCAUUAUGAGCAGUCUAAAACAUUCAACUCUGUGAUGGACAUCCUCAACUUGAUCUUCACAGCCCUAUUUACCAUAGAGAUGGUCAUCAAGCUACUGGCUCUCAGAACACAUCAAUAUUUCAUUGAUGCUUGGAACACCUUUGAUGCUCUGAUAGUUGUGGGCAGUGUGCUAGACAUCAUGGUCUCAGAGCUUAGUGGUGGAGAUGAGGAUGGAGAAGCCAUUGAGGCCGCAGCCAAAGCCGCAGCUGUAGCUGUACCUGGAGCACCGCCCGGGGCCAAGAAGGAAAGCGGAAAAGUAUCCAUCACAUUCUUCCGUUUGUUCCGAGUCUUGCGAUUGGUCAAGCUGCUCAGCAAAGGGGAGGGCAUUCGAACCCUCCUCUGGACUUUUGUCAAGUCCCUCCAGGCCUUGCCAUAUGUCGGUCUCCUUAUUGCUAUGAUCUUCUUCAUCUACGCUGUGAUCGGCAUGCAGACAUUUGGAAAGAUUGCUAUAGAUGACAACUCGCAUAUCAACAGGAACAACAACUUUCAGACCUUCUUCAUGUCUGUCCUACUGCUCUUCAGGUGUGCAACCGGAGAGCAGUGGCAGGAGAUCAUGUUGGCAGCAUUGCCAGGGAGACGCUGUGACCCCGAGUCAGACUUUGAGCCCGGGGAGGAGAGCAUGUGUGGCAGCAACCUGGCCUACAUCUACUUCAUCAGCUUCUUCAUGCUCUGCGCUUUCCUGAUCAUUAACUUGUUCAUUGCUGUCAUCAUGGACAACUUUGAGUACCUGACCAGGGAUUGGACCGUACUGGGUACUCAUCACCUGGACGAGUUCAAACGAGUCUGGUCGGAUUAUGACCCAGAGGCCACGGGUCGAAUCAAACAUAUCGAUGUGGUCACUAUGCUGCGCAGGAUCCAGCCACCCCUUGGUUUUGGCAAACUGUGCCCCCAUCGUGUGGCCUGCAAGAGGCUGGUUGCUAUGAACGUGCCGCUGCACAGCGAUGGGACAGUCACCUUCAACGCUACCCUGUUUGCGCUGGUCAGAACCUCACUCAAGAUCAAGACUGACGGGCCUGUUGACCAGGACAACGAGGAGCUCAGGGCCAUCAUUAAGAAGAUAUGGAAGCGCACUAAACCCAAGCUCCUUGAAGAGGUCAUUCCACCCCCUAGAGGGGAAGAGGUCACUUGUGGGAAGUUCUAUGCCAGCUUCUUGAUCCAGGACUACUUUAAGAAGUUCCGCAAGAGGAAGGAGCGGGAGAGGAAGAAGAAGGGAAAGGACAAGAAAGACUCUCUCCAGGCAGGGCUACGGUCACUGCAGGCACUUGCCCCAGAGUUGCAUCUGGCCUUGGCAAUGGAGGGAGAGGAGGAGGAGGGUAUGGAGGGAGAGUUGGACGAAGAGUUUUUCAAAAAUGAAAAUGUUUUUGAAGAUCCAGGCACCUCUGUCACCAAUACUUCAUCCACCACUCCCAUACCAGGUGACAUGGAGGAGUCCACCACCAUCGUUUUCAUGGAGCCCUUCAUCGAGCCCACUAUAUUCAGCGACGUGGUCACAGAACAGCCAUUAACAGCCAGUGAGAGAUCAGAAUCAGCUCUGUCAUCCUUUGAUGUGGUGGUUGAACAGCCAACGAGAUCUGAGGCCCUCCUUCCACCAGAAGAAGUACCAGCCCAAUCCCCGCCCCACCCAGCCGCAUCACCACCAAAAGAUCCAUCCCCUCCCCAACCAGCACCGAACCCAUCCCCACCACAGGCCCCAUCCCCUCCCCAACCAGCACCAGCCCCACCCCCAACACAGGCCCCAUCCCCUCCCCAACCAGCACCAGCCCCACCCCCACCACAGGCCCCAUCCCCUCCCCAACCAGCACCAGCCCCACCCCCACCACAGAUUGCUUCUCCGCCACAAAUGGUUGCCCAAUCCCAACCUCAAAUAGUGAUAGCCCCACCAGAACCAGAGGCAGCUCAAAUAGUGUUAGAGGCAGCCGCUGCCCCACCUCAACCAGAGCUAGUGAUGGAGGGAAGAGGAGGUGAAACUUAUGCUGCACAGCAGGUGUACUACCAACAGUACCCAGUGGGCAUGCUAACAAACGACAGGUAUGCAUAUCAAGAGCAACCUGCAGCAUCCCAUAUCCCACCAGAGUACAUGCAGAGUCAUGCUCCUAACUUCACCAAUGGGAGUGUUGCAGGAGUACCCUACGGAAAUGGAAAUGGCAUGAAUGGGAAUGGCUAUAAUGGCGCUAUGAAUGGUAUGAAUGGAGGUAGCAUGAGUGGCUACACCGGUAAUGGUUACAUAGGAAACGGCUACAAUGGAAACGGCUACAAUGGCAACGGCUACAAUGGAAACGGAUUGGAGCCGUAUGUCCGGAGACGUGUUCUUCCUCCCACUCCUGCAGGUCGUAAGCCGCCCUCCUUUAACAUCCAGUGUCUGCGGGCACAGCACAGCGCGGGUGACAUCCCCAUCCCUGGCACAUAUGAGAGUAACUCACCCCCAUGCAGAUCUAGACUGACCCUUGACUCCCGCCGCAGCAGUGUCUCCUCCAUAUCCUCGGCCUCCUGGGCCAACAAUGGAGGAGGACCUGCAGGGUCAAUGCCAGGAGCAGGGGUGUCAGCAACAUCAGCAGCAGCCGCAAAGAGAGGGCGUCUGCUCUACGCCCCUCUGAUGCUGGUGGAUGAGGCCGGGGGCACCCAGCAGCUGUGGGGAGACAGGACCCAGGCCACCUCCAGCCUCCCUGCUAUUGCAACUAGGCCCAGUGGCUGGUACCCUGGAGCCCCAACACUUCCCAUGCACACGCCACAGAACAGGAGCUACACCAACGGCAGAGUGCCCUCCCAGAUCAGCCAAAGACUCAUAGAGAAAGGCAGUGCAAACAGCCUGGUGGAGUCGAUCCUGAUAUCAGAAGGCUUGGGCCUCUAUGCAAGAGACCCAAAGUUUGUGAACUUCGCCAAGCGGGAGAUCGCUGACGCAUGUAACAUGACCAUUGAUGAGAUGGAAAACGCAGCCACAGAUCUGCUGACCCGUUCUACUGGACAGCCAAUAGGACGCUUCGAGGAGGAGCUGGCAGAUGAGAUGAACUGUGUGAUUUCCUACUGAGAGAGAGGAAACAGAGAGAGAGAGGGAGGGAGGUAGGGAGAGUAGGAGGGCAAUGAGAGCCUUACC